ACAAAAUCGAAGAGAAAGACAAAGAUCACACAGCUUGAUCACUUGGUUUCUUGUGAAAUGAAAUGUUCGUUUUCUCAGUGAAACCUGUCUUCAGCAUUCUCGUCGCCACGCUCUCACUCCUCAUUCUUUUCGCACUUCUAUCCCCUCCUUCUUCUUCCCCUUUCUCCCAAAUUCCUCUUUCUGGGAAACCACCACUACUAGGGGAGGUGGAUAUAUGGAGUGUUCGGAGAUUAGUAGAGUGGAGACCUUGCAAUUGGUGGCUACAAGGGCAUCAAACAGACAACUGCUUUCGUUUUUUGUUUAUUCUUGAAAUGGUGCAGCUCUACCAUUAGAAACCAAUGGAUAUAUCAGAGUGGAUUGCUAUGGGGGCCUCAAUCAGAUGCGAAGAGAUUUCUGUGAUGGUGUGGGCAUUGCUCGUCUUUUAAAUGCAACCCUUGUCCUGCCAAAGUUUGAAGUGGCUUCAUAUUGGAAUGAAUCAAGUGGCUUUGCAGAUGUGUAUGAUGUAGACUACUUCAUUGAACAAAUGAAUGGCUUUGUCAAAGUUGUCAAACAGUUACCACCGGAGAUUGCUUCAAAAGAACCUGUUCACGUGGAUUGUAGCAAACGGAAAGGCCAAUUUGAUUAUAUUGAAAGUGUUCUUCCAUCCCUACUAGAACAUAAAUACAUUUCAAUCACACCAGCGGCGUCUCAAAGAAGGGACAGAUACCCUUUGUAUGCAAAAGCUGCUCUGUGUCAAGCUUGUUACAAGGCACUGCGUCUCACCAGAUCCUUGGAAACGAAAGCCUCUCAGCUUCUGGAUGCGAUACCUAAACCCUUUAUGUCCCUUCAUCUUCGAUUUGAGCCUGACAUGGUUGCAUACAGCCAGUGCCAGUAUCCAGGGCUUUCACCUACCUCCAUGAAAGCCAUAGAAGCAGCUCAAAUAGACCGAAAACCAUGGACUGGAGAAUUAGCCCGGAUAUGGCGGUUACGUGGGAAAUGUCCUCUUACACCUAAUGAGACAGCUUUAAUACUUAAAUCACUUUCUAUCUCACCAACCACAAAUAUAUACCUUGCAGCCGGAGAUGGGUUGAUGGAAAUCGAAGGCUUAACAGACGUCUACACCAAUAUAUUUACCAAGUCUAGCCUUCUUAGUGGUGAAGACUUCAUGAACAUGCAUGGCAAUACAAAAGCUGCUUUGGAUUAUUAUGUUUCCAUCAAUAGUGAUUCUUAUGUAGCUACAUAUUUUGGGAACAUGGAUAAGAUGGUUUCGGCGAUGAGAGCUUUCAAAGGAUUGUACAAGACCCUAUUCUUGAGCCGAAAAGGCUUUGCGGAGCUCACGUCGAAGGGUCUGGAGGGAAAGGAGUUGAUGCAAGAACUAUGGAAGCUUCACAGAGAUGAUUUUGUCAAUGGAAGAGGCUCUGCUCUACCUGAAUGUUUCUGUGAAUUUAAGUUGUGACUUUGAGCCUUUAAUUCAUUACUUUCCUUUUCUGGCAUAUUAAUUUAAUUUUGAUGCAUAUGCAAUUGCUUUUGCCUAGCUUUCCACAAAGGCAUACCAUAGUUUCUGUAAACUAAUUCAUUCCUGUGUACUUGUUAUUUUUUCAUUUGAGCAAAAAAUCAUAUCACUAAAUGUUAUUUUGCUCAAGCUUUGUUUAACCAAACUAAUCAAAUUGUGUUUUUUGGAUAGAUA